GCAUUUUGUUCUGUCUGCAACCGGCCGCCAUACUCAAACAAAAAGAUUGAGAUGAAAAGAUAAAUUUGCUUUUAUUGGAGCUUGUUGAACGUGUUUUAAUUUACUAAAUGAGUUCUAAAUCAGAUGUAAACAGAAGAGUACUCGCCAUUCAGGCGAAAAAGAAAAGGCAUAAACUCGGAAAGAAGAAAAAUCGCGAGGAAGAUAUCGGCGCUGGUGGACAAGGAAACGGGCUGCGCAAUCAAAACCAGAACCGUCUUGAACCGACUCACAGUUCGUCCAACGAAACUAUCGAAGAGGACGAGGAUGAGCAAUAUGCCAGCGACGACGAGGAGCAAGAGGACAGCGCCGACUACUGCAAGGGUGGAUACCAUCCUGUCAAGAUCGGAGACUUGUUCCUGAAUCGCUACCACGUCACUAGGAAAUUGGGUUGGGGGCAUUUCUCCACGGUGUGGCUGUGCUGGGAUCUCGUCGACAAGCGGUUUGUCGCAUUAAAAGUAGUUAAGUCUGCCCCUCAUUUCACAGAAACGGCCUUAGACGAAAUUAAGAUAUUGAAGUCGGUCCGCGACAGCGAUCCGGCCGAUCCUAAGCGAAACAAAACUGUCCAAUUACUAAACGAUUUUAAAAUCACGGGGGUGAAUGGAACUCAUGUGUGCAUGGUUUUUGAAGUCCUAGGGCAUCACCUGUUGAAACUUAUACUAAAGUCUAAUUACCGAGGCAUUCCCCGUGAAAACGUUAAAACUAUUAUACACCAAGUGCUGGAAGGGCUAGAUUACCUUCAUACUAAAUGUAAAAUAAUUCAUACAGAUAUAAAACCUGAAAAUGUGUUAGUGUGUGUGGAUGAAGCAUAUAUUCGUAAGUUGGCAGCUGAAGCUACUGAGCUACAUUCCUUGGGCCUCAGAUUACCCCACUCCCUCAUCAGCACAGCACCUAAGGAGUUUCAGGAACAAGUAGUUACUGGUAAAAUGAGUAGAAACAAAAAGAAAAAAUUGAAGAAAAAAGCAAAACGCCAGUCUAUGCUUCUUAAAAAACAAAUGGAACAAAUAGAAGAAAUAGAGGAACAAAAAAAGGUUGUCAACAGUGAUUCAGCACCUAUGUCACAAGACAAUGAUGACUCACCGCUAACCCCUGAGGAGGAGAGCGUUAUUGAAAAUACUCACUCUGAAAAUGAGCCAAGCGUAAAUGGUUGUAAUGAUAGUGAAAAGGCAGAUGAUGAAGCUUUUGACACUGAUGCAGAAGCUGUGCAGGUAAGAAUUAAACAAUAUGGUUGUGGGGAUGAUACAGGUACUCCUAUGUCAGAAGGGGAAAUGACAGACACACCACCGUCAUUCAAUUCUCAGAUCAAGGAUAAGAUUCUUGAUAAGAGACCUGAUCCUGCAUUUGAUGUGUGUGAAGUUGAAGUAAAAAUUGCUGACUUGGGUAAUGCCUGCUGGGUUCAUCGACACUUUACUGAGGACAUUCAAACUAGACAGUACCGCUCAUUGGAAGUUUUGCUGAGUGCAGGCUAUGGUACUUCAGCAGAUAUAUGGAGUACUGCAUGUAUGGCUUUUGAGCUGGCCACUGGAGAUUAUCUUUUUGAACCUCACUCAGGAGAUGGCUAUAGUCGGGAUGAAGACCAUCUUGCUCACAUCAUUGAGCUACUUGGAGACAUUCCUAAAAGAAUUGCUGCUUCUGGAAAGUAUUCAAAAAUAUUUUUCAAUAAAAAAGGUGAAUUGAGAAAUAUCACUGGCCUAAAACCUUGGGGCUUAGUUUCCGUUCUCACUGAAAAGUAUGAGUGGAGUCAAAAUGAUGCUGAGGAAUUUGCUGAUUUUUUGAAACCUAUGUUAGAUUUUGAUCCAAAUCGGCGAGCCACUGCAUAUGAGUGCCUUCAGCACCCUUGGUUGAAGCUAAUGAAGCCAGAACUAACUGAGUCUGAGGAAUAAACGCUCUCUGUUGAUGUGAAUGUUAUAUCAUUCAUUAAAUCAGUAGUGUCAACUUACUAAGUAUUUCAAUGUUUUAUGUUUUAAUCAAAGUUUAUUUAUGGAUUUGUUUGUGAAUAGUUUAAUUUGUAUCUAGAUUGUUUUGUUAGCAGUCCUUGAUUUUUGAAUUAAAUUGUGUGCAAAUAGAGGAAUGAUGAUGCAUAAUAAAAUUUUAGAUACACACAUUUGACAGUAGUCAUGUAUAUAAUACAGCUGCUGAUCAAACUAGUAGCAUCAAAUUAGAUUGGCAUUUAUAAAUCUCCAAAUUCCAAAAUUGUACAGAUAGCUGUAGAAAAAAUUGUGAUGUAUGAUGACAUAUAGACAAUAUAGGUUGGUCACAUUAUUAAACAUUUAGAAUAAAAUAGUUGACAUAGUUGCACCAAACACCACCUAGAAUGUGAGGAACCUAUGCAAGUCAUGCAUGCAUGUAGCCAUUCUGGUAGUAUGUAUGUUCACAUAGUUUAAGUUUGUCUUUUAUCACUAUCACAAUAAAAAUCUCAUAAUGUAAACUUAGAAGUAAGACAGUAUUUGUAAAGCCACAUUUCCGAGACUGCCUUUUUAUAUUUGAACAAGUCAUUUAAAAUUGUAUAUGGUUGGAAUCAGCUGUUAUCGAUAGGCAGUGAGACAGUGACCUUAUGCCUGUUAAUAGUUAUAUUAUUUACCAUAGAUCCCAAUUUACAUGACCAUAAUUUGUAUUAAUUAUAUCUGCAAAUUUACAUAAAUAAAAUUACGAAAAGAGCUUGUUA